AUGAACUAUGAUUUAACAAAUCUGUCGGAUUAUUGGUACAGAAAAGAAAUAGAGAAAGCUCGCAGAGACCUACGUUAUUUGAUCUUCUGCAAAGAAUGUGCGCCAAUCAUGCUUCGUUUAGCAUUUCAUGAUGCUGGAACGUAUUGCAAACGUACGGGGACUGGAGGUCCAAAUGGCUCCAUCAGGAAGCCUGAAGAGUUUGAACAAAUCUGUAAUAGAGGACUAAAAACAGCCAUUGAUUUUUGUGAAGAAAUUAAGUUAAAGCAUCCGAUGAUCUCAUAUGUAGACAUAUAUCAGCUUGCAGGCAUUGUUGCUGUGGAGAUCAGUGGUGGCCCUACCAUUGAAUUCAUUCCUGGUAGAAAGGAUUCGGACGAAUGCACAAUGGAAGGCAGACUCCCAGAUGAUGGAGAUGGAACAUUAGAUCUAAAGGACAAGUUUAAGUGCAUGGGCUUAACGCAACGAGACAUUGUGGUUCUUGCAGGAGCCCAGACUUUGCUAAGAACCUAUGCAGAUAGAUCAGACUAUGAUGUCCCUUGGACUAGAAAGCCACCAAGAUUUGAUAACUCAUACUUCAAGGAGCUACAGAGAAAGCAGUUGAAAGGGAUUUUAGAGCUUCCUUCAGAUAUAUCAUUGGUGGAUAACUUUGGGUUCUCCUUAAUGGUUGACAUCUAUGCCAAGGAAGAGGAUACAUUCUUCCUGCACUAUGCAAUAUCACACAAGAAUCUUUCUCAAUUAGGAUUCAUUCGAAAGGUAGAUUUUCCUUAUUUUUACAAGAAGGAGGAGAGUAAUGUGUUGGCAAAAAGCAUCGUCGGAGCUAUCAUAUUUGCUUCUAUCAUAAUUGCAAUGAGAAUUAUUCAAUUUGAUCUUCCUCCUGACACAUUCCGUCUUGUUAGUGCAUGUGAUAUUGCAAAAGGAAUAUGGGAUAGACUGAAGGAAUUGUUUUCGGGUGAUGACGACUUGCAACAUUCUUUGCAGACGACACUUUUGUCGGAAUUCGGAUCUUUUGUGCAGAAACCAUAUGAGAAUUUAGAAAAGACAGUCAAUUGCUUCAAUCACUUGUUAAGCAGAAUGCAUAAAUACGGUCUUUAG